AUGUUGCGUCGCCGCACGGGCAAGGACGAUGCCCCCUCCCGCAAGAGCAUGAGCAGCCAGCUCAUCCGCCGCCAAACAGAGGAGGACAAGCUCCGCGAGGAGUUCGGGGGCGCCAAGGUCAAGCAGCUGGUUAUUAAGCCGCGCAGCAAGCGUCGAAAUGGGUUUAUCUUCGUGCUGGGUGGGCUCUUUGGCGUUUUCAUCGCGCUGUUCUUCGCGAACCAGCAGGAAGUCAUUAAUCUGGACGGGCUGAUGGACCUCAACAUCGAUUCGUUGAUUGAUGUGAUUCCGCAAGGGAUCAUGCGCGAUGCAAAGGAGUUUUCGCAACACGAGCGCGAUGCUGUCAAUUACGAUUCCUUCGCCGUUGGACUACACCUCCAGUCGCAGGGGGUUCAUGCCAAGCAUCCUGUGGUGAUGAUUCCCGGAGUGAUUUCGACAGGACUUGAAAGCUGGGGCACGGGAGAUAGCUCCCGGCAGUACUUCCGGCGACGACUAUGGGGCAGUUGGACCAUGAUGCGGGCGCUGGUGAUGGACAAGGCUGAAUGGAAGAACCAUAUCAUGCUCGACCGUGAUACUGGUCUUGACCCGCCAGGCAUUAAACUGCGUGCGGCGCAAGGGUUUGAUGCGACCGACUUCUUCAUCACGGGCUACUGGAUUUGGAAUAAGAUCUUGGAGAACCUCGCGACAAUUGGCUAUGACCCGACAAAUGCAUUCACGGCCGCCUACGACUGGCGACUCUCCUAUCUGAACCUGGAGAUCCGCGACAAAUACUUCAGCCGACUCAAGUCCUAUAUCGAGACGGCGGUUGACGUGCAGGGCGAGAAGAUCACUCUCGCAUCGCACAGUAUGGGCUCGCAGGUGGUGCUCUACUUCUUCAAAUGGGUCGAGAGCGAGGACCAUGGAAAGGGCGGACAGGACUGGGUUAACAAGCAUAUCGACUCCUGGGUCAACAUCAGUGGCUGCAUGCUGGGCGCCGUCAAGGGAUUGACCGCGGUGCUAUCCGGUGAAAUGCGCGAUACCGCACAGCUGAACGCCUUUGCUGUCUACGGACUGGAGAAGUUUCUGUCGAAAGAAGAACGAGCCGAGAUCUUCCGCGCCAUGCCUGGCAUCUCGAGCAUGCUACCCAAGGGCGGCGAGGCCGUCUGGGGCAAUUCCACCUGGGCCCCAGACAACCACCCAGAUCAAUCCAUGAACUUCGGCAAUCUACUGAACUUCCGCGAAACAAAUUCCUCCUGGACAAGAAAAAACCUCACCACCUCCGAGAGUCUGCAGUACCUCCUGGACCAGAGUGAGGAUUGGUACCGCGAUCUUGUUCUCAGCAGCUACUCGCACGGUGUGGCGCAUACAGCCAAGGAAGUCGAGGCGAACGAGAAAAACCCGCGUACAUGGCUGAACCCGCUUGAGGCUCGACUCCCGAAAGCCCCGGAUAUGAAGAUUUAUUGUUUCUACGGCGUCGGCAAGCCCACCGAACGCAGCUAUUUCUACCAGGAAGAGCGCGAUCCACAGGUCAAGCUGAACGUCAGCAUCGACACGACCGUCACGAUGAACGAUGAUAUCGACCACGGCGUGGUGAUGGGCGAGGGCGAUGGGACCGUCAACCUGCUCAGCACGGGGUACAUGUGCGCCAAGGGCUGGCACAUUAAACGAUAUAACCCAGCCGGAGCGAAAAUCAAGGUCUUUGAAAUGCCGCAUGAACCAGACAGGUUUUCACCGCGCGGCGGGCCCAACACAGGUAGGUUCAAGUUCGCAUUCAUUCCGGCAGAGCUAGCCACUAAUCAAUUCUAUACAGGCGACCACGUCGACAUCCUCGGCCGAGCCUCUCUAAACGACCUUAUCCUCCGCGUCGCUGGCGGCAAAGGCGACCAGAUCGAGGAGACGUUUGUUUCAAAUAUCCGCGAGUACGCGGAGCGUGUACAGAUCUUUGACGAUGAAUAG